AUGGAGUACGAAAAAUGCUACGUCUACCAGCCAGACGACGAUAGACCUGCGAAACGCAAACGUACAGAAUUGCAGGGCCUGCAGACCACCUGGGCUUUGAGAAAGAAGGCAUACCACGAGGCCUGGAGCGCGCAGCAGCGCCGCAUCGAAGAAACGCUAAACACCAUCAAUGCGACUACGGUCGGUGAAGUUGUGACCUUUCUAGACCAAUCCGUGGCAGUAGAUUGCACUGGUCGAAUUCCGACUGGCCUCAUUCUCGCGGGCCCAAACUCAGCAUUGAGGAACUCGAUUGCAUCGCAGGUCUCCAGCAGGAGCGACUCCACUACCAGACGAAUUUUCAUUUCAUUGUCGUCGGGCUCAGGAUCCAAUUUGAAGGCUUUUCUCAAAUCCAUCAAUCAGAAAGCUACUUCGAGGACCAUCGCGGUGGACGACGAGGAUGAGCUGGAGGAGGUUUUGACUUCUCGGAAAGGACCGAAGCUGCUCAACUACGAUUUGCAGAUAUUAUACGACUAUGUCCAGGAACGAAGUCUGGAACAGGUCGUCAUCGCCUUCGAGGAUACUGAAGCAUUUGAUAGCGACUUGCUCUCCGAGCUACUAGAGUUGCUGGGCUGUUGGCACGAUCGCAUACCCUUCGCAUUCUUGCUCAACGUAGCGACAUCAGUGGAGUUUUUGCAGCACAGACUCUCAUCCCGGGCCAUCAAAUGUGUGGAUGGCAGGCUCUUCGACGCUGCAGUCUCUACAGAUGAAGUGGAGCAGGUGUUCAGUGUUCUCACAAGUGCCGACUCGGAAUUAUGGCUAGGUCCGAAUUUGGCAUCCAUGGCACUGGAACGGCAGAGUGAUUAUAUCCAAGGCAUCGACAGCCUGACUCAAGCCGUGAAAUAUGCGUAUAUGACACACUUUUACGCGAAUGCCACCAGUCUAUUCCUGUGUCCCGACCUUGAUUUUCAGGAUGUGCCCGGCGAUCACUUCGAGGCUGUGCGCAACUUGCCUUCCUUUCGCGUCUACGCGAGGCAACUGCUGGAGGAGGGCGAGACUGUGCAUCUACGCGGCCUAUUGGACUCAGAUCAGGAGCUAUUCGACUUCGUGCGGCAGAGUGUUGAGCAUGGACGCCAAUUAUUGUCUGCCACAGUUGCAGCUGCAGAAUCUAUUCGGCAGAUACAAGCAUGUCUGCCAAACACACCAGUGUCCUCCCAGGCAAGUCUAUAUAUGCAAGCCAUGUCAGGACAACUUGCAAAGUCCACCAUGAUCCGAUAUCUACUAUUGACGAUGCGAAAGUCGCCGUCCGAUGUCACGUUAAAAGUACUUGACAGAUUUCGCUCCGUGAGCCUAGACGAGGAAACUGCAGAACAGCUCACGGCUAUAGAGUCGGAUCUGAUAGCAUUGACAGCCGAGCACAAGGAAUCUGGACGUCCGCUUCGCAGCGAGGACGACGUCAAGAAUUCCACGCUUCGAACCACCAUCGUUGCACAGAAAGUGGAGCUCAGCAAACACAAAUCCAAUCUUUCCAAGCAAGACGCAGCUUACACCUCACAUGUCCGACGACUUUCAGAUCUGCUCGAUGCCUUCUUCGCCGACCGCCUCGUAGGCUCGAAAGAAGUCGUUCUCAACGAAAUUUUCGUCUACGAUCUCAAAUCACCGCAUCGCGAAGUCUUUACGCCUCGGCCUCGACAUGCCGUCGAACGCGCUCUUGCUGCACCGCACGAUUACCUUGAUUGUCAGUGCUGUGAUCCGGGCGACGAUGAGGAUGCAGCGACUUUGGCGGGCACGCAACCUGCUACGGCAAUCUUGUAUCAAUUGUAUUUGGAAUCUGGGAGCCUCAUCAACGCACAUGACUUGUGGAAAGCUUUCCAGACUGUCAUUGCGAAGGACGACGACGACGACAAUGACGGCGAAUCGAACACGAUGGCGUUGUUUCAAAGAGCUCUGGCAGAGCUUCGAUAUCUGGGUCUUGUAAAAGGUACGAGAAAGAGGGUAGAUCACAUCGCCAAGGUAUCUUGGAGAGGUCUGUAA